AUGGUCCGAAAGUGUGUGUUGAUGGCAACCCUGGUUGCCGUCAUGCAAAUGAUCUUGGUGUCAGCUCAACCAGCCCUUCCCAAUGGCGUUGUGUUGGGCGCCGUGGGUGGCGUAACCCGGACUAGCGCAGUGAUUGGAUUUCGGACACAAUCUGCCUCUCGCGUCCAAGUUGUUUAUCAUGUUUGCAACAACAACCGCCAAUUCAAUACCAACAGCCCCAGCUUGCAGGUGUCAGGACAAACAGUCACCACAAGAAACAAUGACGAUCUCACGGGCAGCAUUCAGUUGAACAACCUAACCCCAGACACACGAUAUUGCUAUCGCAUUCGCGUCGACGGCGCCAUUCAAAAUGUACCCGAUGUCUAUGAGCAAAUGUUCAAAACCUUUCCAUCUUACAGCACGUCGUUUGAGUUUAGUGUUUUCAGUGAUUGCAGCAACAACGGGGAGCAUGACUCUCCAGCCAGAGCUUAUGUAGCAGGUGGACACAUUGGAAAUUAUGAUCCUCUCUUUGCUCUCCAGAUUGGAGACUUUGAUCAUACUGACCCAAUGAGCAUACAGGCCAGCAGAGAAAUGCAUAGGAGAGUUCGAGACACUCGCUAUCAAGCAGGGGCACAGUUUACCGCCCACAUUAUGACCAAGAUGGCACUCUACCACAUUUGGGACGAUCAUGACUACUGUGACAAUGAUAGCGACCGGUUCUGUGUCAACAAGGAAGGAGCCACCAAGGCCUUUCGCGAGUACUUUCCUGGGUAUCCCUAUGCCAAUCCUCAGAAUGGGCUUUGGUAUAGCUUCCGAGCUGGUCCUGCGGAACUGUUCGUUGUGGACACCCGAAGUCGUCGAGAUCCUGGAGCAUGGCCUGAUAUUGCAGGGAAAAGCAUGCUCGAUGGAGGAAACAGUAUUGCCGACGAUCAGAUCACCUGGCUGCUGAAUGGACUUCGGAGUUCCUCAGCGACAUGGAAGAUCAUCGUCAGCAGUACCGGGGCUAACCAAUAUGCCCGUAUCAUGACUACUCAAGACAACUGGACUGCCUACAGAACGGAAGCGGCAAGGAUUCGACAGUUCAUUGAGACCAACAACUUGCGGAACAUUGUCAUGAUUAGCGGGGACAUUCAUACUGGAGGAGGUAUCGAUGAUGGUCGGAACAGCCUCUGGGGAAUUCCCGAGGUAACAGUUCCACACACCAAUCUACAGACUGGUUGGAACAUUCAACAUGUUGGCACAUGGUCUCAUGGCGUUGUGUCUGGAGACAAUUCUCAACGUCGGGGUGAAGGUUUUGUGUCCGUAGCAGUGUCUACCCGGGCCUUGCGUAUCCGGGUCUGCGAUCGAGAUGGACAAGCGAAGCUGACCAUGACAUUGAACGCCAGGGGCAACGUUCGUCGUCGCAGUCAUGGAAGUGAAGGCUUGGAUGAAGUCUUUCCUUGA